CGCGAAACUCGCGCGCAACGUGCAUAGACUGCCUGCUCAGACCAAGAGCUCGAUCUAUAUUGCUGCGCGAUCGCUGCGGCGAGCACUCUGCACGCGGCCUGCAACCGCUGCGGUCCAGGAGCCAGGGAGACGAGGAGGCGGGAGCGCAACAAAUCGAUACGCCACCGCCGCUGCGACAGCGAUGCCCAAGAAGAAGCGCGCCGAGAGCCCCGCGCCCGAGGAUUUGUGUGAGGGUGGGAAAUGCAUCGGUGUUGUGUUCGAGGACCACCGCCAGCCGGUCUACGCCGUCGCGUUCUGGCCCGGGGCUUCUGAUGAACCGAUGGUCGCGGUCUGUGGUUCGAAUCGAGCGUCUGUGUAUGCUAUUGCCGAGGGAGAUAUCGAGUUGCGGCAGGUCUACGUUGAUAACGAUAGGGACGAGUCCUUCUUCUGCUGCGCCUGGAGUCGCAGAGCCGACGCGCCAUUACUGUGCGUCGCUGGUACUAGAGGCAUAGCUAAAAUUGUGGACUGCGCCGAUGGACGGUUAGACUGCGCUUUGGUGGGUCACGGCAACGCGAUCAAUGAUUGCUGCUUCCACGCCGUCGAUGAAUCACUACUCUUGACGGCGUCGAAGGACGAAUCUAUCAGGUUGUGGAACGCGAGAACUUGUGUGUGCAUCGCCGUAUUUGCGGGAGAUAGGGGACACAGGGACGAGGUAUUAGCAGUAGACUGCCAUCAAUCAGGAAGCUGCUGCCUGAGUUCGGGCAUGGACAACACUAUUAAAUUAUGGCAAUUAGAUGCGGAGCACGUCGCCAAAGCUUGUGAACGGUCGCAUACGAACCCGCAGCCGGCGAAUCACCGACCUUUUGAGACGGUCUUCGAGCAGUUUCCCGCGUUUUCCACGAGUCGUGUCCACGCGAACUACGUCGACUGCGCGCGCUGGGUCGGUUCAUUGAUCCUCUCGAAGUCGACGGCGGAGCGGUUGUGUCUGUGGAGUCCGGACCCGCAGCGCAAUGAGAGAUUACCGGCACCGUUGUUAUCUGAGACGAAUGAUGACAGUGAGCCGAAGGACGACGUGUUGAUCGUUCAUGAGUUGGACCUGCCGGGGGCGGACAUCUGGUUCCUGCGGUUCGGCAUGUGUUCGUCUCGCCAGUACGUGUGUGCUGGGAAUACUUCCGGUGACUUGGUCAUCUAUGACGUCGAUUCUACCGAACAAAAGGCAUCCUUGACGCACCCGAAGAUGCGCGGGGCGGUCCGACAGUGCGCGUUUUCUCCUGAUUCUUCAUUGGUGGCAUGCGUCGGCGACGACGCGGGCCUCUUCGUUUAUGAAUUAGAUAAGUAGUC